ACGGGUUCGUAAGUUGGAAACCGGUACGAUGUCGCACAAAGGGUAACAUUAUCGUCCUCAAAUCAUUUUUCAGAGACCAGCAAAAAAUCCCCAAUCAAUAGGGAAUUACAAAUUUACAAUGCUUCUCGCAAGAUUUCUCACUUCCAGGUCCACUUCUCUUAAUCUUUCCCCAUUAAUCUCUACAUUAUCUCACUCAAUUUCAUCAUUACCAUUUUCUAAUUCCCCCACUAAUUUAGACGAAUCUCAUGUACUAACCCAACUCUCCCACCUUUUACCCAUCCGUCAAACAGUAAAAACCUUUCCUACACAUUUACCUAACCAAAACAAUCAGUGUAAAUUUAACGUCUUAGAUGAGCUUUUAACUCCUGAAGAUAAGUUACGUGGCAUUUUUCUCCAAAAACUUAAGGGCAAAACUGCAAUUGAAAAAGCACUUACAUCUGUUAACGUUGAAUUAACGGUUGAUUUAGUUGCUAAUGUUGUAAACAAGGGUAAUUUAGAUGGUACAUCAAUUGUUACAUUUUUCAAUUGGGCUGUCAAACAACCAACACUACUUAUUAAUAAUGAUACUUACUGUAUAGUUAUUAAAGCAUUAGGGAGGAGGAAGUUUUUUGAGCAUAUGGUUGAUAUGUUCAAGGAAAUGAGGAAUAAAGGAAUUAUCCCGAAUUUAGAGACACUUGAGAUUGUGGUUGAUAGCUUUAUUCGAGCUCGACGAAUUUCAAAGGCUGUAGAGUUGUUUAGUGGAUUAGAGGACUAUGGAUUGUGGUGUAGUACGGAGACGCUUAACGUUGUUUUAGGGUGUUUAUGUCGUCGAUCACAUGUAGGUGCUGCGAAUUCGUUACUUGUGAAAAUGAAAGAGAAGGUUUCUUUUGAUGUCGCGACUUAUAAUAUAGUUAUUGGUGGGUGGUCGAGAUUUGGGAGUGUUAAGGAAGUAGAGAGAAUCUUGAAGGAAAUGGUGGAUGAUGGAUUUGAGGCGAAUAAUUUGACUUAUAGUUAUGUUCUUGAAUGUUUAGGGAGAGCUGGUAGAAUUGAUGAGGCCGUUGAGAUUUUCGAGGGUUUGGAGGAAAAGGGGUGUGUGGUUGAUGUUGAGAUAUACAAUGCAAUGAUAUCGAAUUUCAUUGCACAUGGUGAAAUUGAUGAAUCGUUGAAAUAUUAUGAGAGGAUGUUAAAUAGGGGUUGUGAGCCGGAUGGUGAUACUUAUAUGAGACUAAUAUCUGCUUUUUUGAAAGCUAGAAGAGUAGCCGAUGCAAUUGAAAUGUUUGAUGAAAUGUUAAACAGGGGGAUGAUUGUAACUACAGGGACUGUGACCUCUUUUCUCGAGCCUUUGUGUAGUUAUGGUCCACCCCAUGCAGCUCUAACGAUUUAUAAGAAGGCGAGACAAGCGGGAUGUAGGAUAUCCUUGACUGCAUACAAGUUGCUGCUUAUGCGGCUUUCUAGGUUUGGGAAAUGUGGUAUGCUGUUAAACAUCUGGAAUGAGAUGCAAGAAAGUGGUUAUUCUUCUGAUAUGGAAGUUUAUGAGUAUGUCAUCAAUGGGCUUUGCAACAUAGGACAGCUUGAAAAUGCUGUCCUGGUAAUGGAGGAAGCUUUAGAGAAAGGAUUUUACCCCAGCAGGCUUAUCUGUAGCAAAUUAAACAAUAAGCUACUAGCUUCGAACAAAAUAGAGAUUGCAUACAGGCUUUUUCUAAAGAUAAAAAUUGCACGUGGAAAGCAUAAUUCACAAACAUACUGGCGUGCUAAAGGGUGGCAUUUCUGAUCUUUGCACAGUCAGUUGCUUAGUGCAACCGUAUCUGCUUUCAGAGUGAUAAACAUGACAAUAAUCACACAUCAACUUUCACUACCCUUAGCUGCCACUGGCAAUGAACUGAGUUUGCUCUUUUGCUUGGGCAUCCACUGCAUUGUUUUGAAGGGUAAUAUUUGAGAAAUUAUGUGAAGCAGCAGGAACUGAAGUACUGUUUUGCAUUGUCAUGGAGGGCUAAUACAUGAGAAAUUUCUUGAUGCACGGGGGACUGAAGUGUUACUUUUCUUUUCUAGAAGUUGUUCUGUGGAAAGUACGGAAAAGUCGUUUCAACCUGAGUCACAUAUUUAACUUUGACCAUUGAGAAAGUGCAAAGAAGUGUUAUGAGAUGCCUAGAAAGAUUACUGAAGCUCUCUUUAGUUGGGAGGCAGCUGGAGCUGGAGCAGAUGACAUAAUCAGAUGGAGGAUGGUCCCUGCUUGCAUUUGGUGGGCAACUUGGAAAGAAAGGAACUCUAGAUGCAUUGAGAACAGCAGCAACACAAUGCAGGAGAUCAAACUUAACUGUAUUAAGCUUUUUUCUUUUUGGUGUAACCAGAUCUACCCAGAGGAUACUAUAUCUAUCCUAGACUCAUUAGGUUCCUGUUAGAACUGUAGACUGGUUUUACUUUCUUUUGCUCACUUGUAAAUAUGGUUUCAGUACAACCCAUGUACUGUUUUGUGUUUAAUACAUACAACAUGUUACCUUCUCAAAAAAAAAAAAAAGUGUUAUAGAGAAACUUGUAUCCAGUUUGGAGUGAGGAACUAAUGCAUUCAGUUCCACAAGAUUAUACGAGGAUGUAGAACUGGUAAUAA